AGACUCACAUGGUAAAUUGUCAGGUCUCAGACUCACAUGGUAAAUUGUCAGGUCUCAGACUCACAUGGAAAAUUGUCAGGUAUCAGACUCACAUGGAAAAUUGUCAGGUCUCAGAAAAUCUUCCUGCAGGUGGCGCUGUUGUCAUGUCCCAUCCAAAUUGAUUUCCAAAUACGUCAUCAACGUGUGACAGUGGGAGAGCGCAAGGUCAUUGACCUCAGCGGAGUUUUACCGCGGUCCAGGCUCCUAACGACACAAGACUUUUCUGCAAUGUCAUCCGACGAUGAUGAAAGGAAUACGAUGAUAAUAACAUUGUUCAACAAAGGCUUAAAACAAAAGGAAAUCAGCUGUGUACUCAAUUCAUAUGGGCAUAAAAUAAGUGAGAGGCAUCUGAGACGAGUUUUAAAACUUCUAGGGUUGAAGCGAAGAUGCCCCCAACGACCUUUUACUGAAAUCCACAAAGCAGUGGAGAGUGAGAUGAAACAGUGGUCUCCUGAACAAGGAAUCAGGGCAAUGGUAAAGCGGGUAAGGGAUGUCAGAGGAGUGCGGCCUUGUUACAGAGACGAUGUUGCUAAUAUAAUGAGGGAUAUGGAUGCAAGUGGUCUUCAGAGGAGAUCUCCUGGAAAGAAGAAAAUUCCCCGUCGGAAUUACAUCAGCCGUGGUCCAAAUGACACCUGGCACAUUGAUGGCAAUGAUAAACUGAAGUUCUUUGGAAUGUGGAUACAUUUGGGGAUUGAUGGAUUUUCCAGGAAGGUUCUAUGGCUAAAGGUGGGCACAUCCAACCGCAAACAAAACUUUGUGGCCAGAUACUUCUUUGAGGCUGUUCAAGAACAGGGUGGCUGUCCUCAAAUGAUUCGGGGGACAGAGGAAAGGAGAACCUUGUUGUGGGUCAAAUGCAGAUGGCAUUUCACAUGCGAGAUCUUGGGAAUCAGGCAUGGAGGUGCUUCAGAAUGGGGACAUCAGUGCACAACCAGAGAGCUGAAUGUUUUAACAGUAUUUUAAAGCGGACAUGGAUUAAGAAAUGGCUGACAACAUUUGAGGCCAUGAUGGAGUCUGGGAUCCUUGAACUGGACAAUCCUGUGCACAUCAACUGCUUGCAGUACUCACACUUGCCACUGCUUCAAAGAGACUUAAAAACGGAGCAAACAGUUUGGAACACCCAUGACAUCCGCAAGCAACGCAAUGCACCAGGUCCAUUUGGGAAACCCGACCUUCUGUUUACCUCACCACCUCCUGGAUAUGGCAAUGUGCUGCACAUAGUUGACCCAGACCUUUUAGACUACGCCAAGCAAUUAAUCUGUGAGGUGGAAGAGCCUUCACUGGUAGCAAACCAGGAAUUCAGAGACAUGUGCCAGAACAUUUUAGAAAACAGCCAAUUUCCCUGCACACCUGAUGGUUGCCUUGCUGCAUACCUCAUGCUAGUCCAAGAGCUGACAACUGCCAUGAACAGAAAUGCAGUUCCUACACCUUCUA